AAGCAAUCGCGUUAAUUUGCGUCGUUUCCUUUUCACAAUCAACACGUAACAACUACCUACUGGAAAUGUAAUUCUCAGACCAGAGCUUCAUUUGGCGUACGCAGGUCGCCACAGACUGAACCAUGGCGUUUUUAGUCCCUGUGCUCGCCAUGUUCCUGAUUCCUCUUGUCAGUGGAAGUCAUCUCACCAACAAGAUUUUCAAAUGGAACAUCACCGAGCCUGUUGGAUACAUUUCUGUGGGUAAGCGCCUCGACGGACACUGGUUCUACCAGGGCUACAAGAAAGAUGUCUCUCUCUGCGCCUACCAGUGUCUCCGACAACCGCAAUGUCUUUCCUUCAACUACGAAAAGGACAGUAGCAAAUGCAUCCUAAACAGGAAGAACCACGUAACUGCCCCCUUGACCAACGCCGCAUCCAACUACGUCAGCUACCAUGCACGGGAAGAGUACAGCAUUGACCGUGAAGCGUUAGGUCCGUGUGCCGAUGAUGUCUGCCACAGUCAUGGACGUUGUUUGGAGACCAAGACGACUGGCGACCAGCUCGUAGCAAUCUGUGUGUGUAACAAGGGAUGGGGCGGUUCCGACUGCAGCACGACAAAACCCGAGCCCCAGUGGGGUGCGUGGCAAGACUGGGACGACUGUUCCGUCACCUGUGACCAGGGCUGGCGCUUGCGCAGGAGGAACUGCGAGGAUGGCAACUCUGGUCAAACGUUGAGCCCCCUUGAGUGCUAUGGUCGUGACAUUGAGUAUGGAUCAUGUCAGCUACAGGCUUGUCCGCGUUGGGAUUCCUGGGGCGAGUGGGGUACCUGCACCACCUACCAGACCUGUGGUCGUGGAUACAAGGUACGCAACCGCUCCUGCAACAAUGGAGGAACGCCAGGCGUUGACCGCUACUGUCUGGGCCCCACAAAUGAAACAACGGUGUGCCACAGCAUGGACUGUCAAAGUCCGAUACGUCUUCGCGGAGGUUCCGCCUACGGUGAAGGCCGCGUGGAAAUCUUUAAUGACGAAGUUCGUCAGUGGGGCAAGAUCUGCGGAGACCAGUGGACACAAGGAAUGGCUGACCUGGUGUGUAAACACCUUGGAAUGCCUGGAGCCCAUGAUGCUACCCAAGACAGCCGGUUUGGCGCUGGUGAUGUGAUGUAUGGCGUCACAAGCCUUUCUUGCCAUGGAGGGGAGAGAACAGUACAGAUGUGUGAACGGAACCCCUGGUCCCUCACUUCGUCAUGCCCGGGGUUGACAGAACCGGCAGGAGUCAUGUGCAAAGUCAAUGGAGUUUGGUCGCUGUGGGGUGAAUGGGGAGAAUGUUCUGUAACCUGCGAAUCCGGUAUCCAACAGCGCACGCGCAGUUGUAACCAUCCGCCUGCAUUGCAUGGCGGGAAUGAUUGCGUAGGCGAGACGGAACAGACGAGGCCGUGCACUCUCGACAUGUGCCCAGUGGACGGUGUAUGGGAAACCUGGGCUGCUUGGUCGGAGUGUUCCACGUCGUGUGGUAAGGGGUCGCAGUGGAGGGAGAGGACGUGUGAUGGGCCAUUCUAUGAUGGGAAGGAGUGCCAGGGAGAGAGGAGACAAACUCAGGAGUGCCAGAUCAGGGAGUGCCCAGUGGACGGCGUGUGGAAUGGCUGGGAGACAUGGGGUGACUGCUCCAACAUCUGUGGGGGCGGGAUGCGAUCUCGGACACGCACCUGUCAAGGCCCCUUCUUUCAGGGGGCUCCUUGCCCUGGGGAAGUGAGUCACACAGAGGAAUGCAACACAUUUGAGUGCCCAGUGGAUGGUUCUUGGCUGCCGUGGCAUGAUUGGCGGGAUUGCAGUGUCACGUGUGGUGGAGGUCAACAGAUCAGAAAACGGGACUGUCUCAAACCUAAAUUUGGCGGCAGUAACUGUGAAGGAGAGAGUCAGCAGACAAGACAAUGUAGUACACAGGAAUGCCCAGUUGACUCUUACUGGUUGCCAUGGGAACAAUGGGGAGAAUGCAAUACGACCUGUGGUGGUGGUAAUCAGCGGCGCUUGCGCACUUGUCAAGAAGGUUUGAAUGGCGGUCGCAACUGUAAUGGCCCAGCGGAAGACUUUCAGACUUGCAACACGCAUGCGUGCCCAGUGGAUGGCGUGUGGCGAGAAUGGAACGAGUGGUCCGCAUGUUCACGCAGGUGUGAUACAGGCACGCAGACACGCAAUCGCACGUGUGACGGGCCGUAUUUCGGCGGAAGCGACUGUGUGGGGCCGACAUCGGACUUGCGUAACUGUAACACCCAUACCUGUGCAGUUGAUGGAGUGUGGAAACACUGGUCAGACUGGUCAAUUUGCCCAGUUACGUGCGGUGGUGGUACUUCUCGAAGAUCAAGGUCAUGCGAUGGCCCUUAUUUUGGUGGUAUAAACUGCAGCGGACUUUGGAGUGAAGGGCAACCGUGUGGAACAGAACCUUGCCCUAUUGAUGGGGUUUGGGAAACCUGGUCUAAAUGGUCAUCUUGCCCAGUCACAUGUGGCGGAAGUAUGUCACGGAGAUCAAGGUCAUGUGAUGGUCCUCGGUUUGGCGGGAAAAACUGCAGUGCUCCCUGGCUUGAAGAAAAAACAUGUGGAACUGUUCCAUGCCCGAUUGAUGGGGUUUGGGAACCCUGGUCAGAAUGGUCAGUUUGUCCCGUCAGUUGUGGUGGAAGUACAUCACAAAGGUCAAGGUCUUGUUUGGGUCCACACUUCGGUGGUAAAAACUGCAGUGCUCCCUGGACAGAGGCUAAGCCAUGUGGGACAGACCAUUGCCCUAUUGAUGGCGAAUGGACCACGUGGUCAACCUGGGGCUUAUGCAACGUCACUUGUGGAGGUGGAAGCCAGUCUCGCUCUCGAACUUGCAUUGAACCAAAGUUCGGUGGUAAAGUCUGUGAAGGGGAUGGAGUUCAGCUGAAGGGUUGUAAUGACAUCCAGUGUCCAAUUGAUGGAGUGUUCCAAACAUGGGAAGAGUGGGGAGCUUGCAGUGUCACUUGCGGUGGAGGAGAAAAAAUACGAAGCCGGAAGUGUACAGGUCCAUUUCAUGGAGGCAGGAACUGUACUGGACCAUGGGAGGACAAAGCCACGUGCGGCACUGCGUCAUGCCCGGUGCUUUGGUGGUUUGCUUUGUUUUCAUCCUUGCCCUGUCGAGCCAAGACUUUUGAGGCACAGCUUGAUCCGCCCCUUACACAGUUGAUGGUACUUGGUUGUCCUGGGGCGCGUUCUCAGAAUGUGACCUUACGUGCGGAGGUGGUCUACGAAGCCGUAAACGCGACUGUGACGGACCAUUCUUUGGUGGGACAGACUGCACUGGCAACGACGAGGAACAAGAACUAUGCAACGAACAAAACUGCCCAGUCGAUGGCGAAUGGCAGAACUGGGAGAUUUGGGGAACCUGCAGCACUACAUGUGGCGGAGGAAUACAGUGGCGUGACCGGGGAUGUGUUGGGCCAUUUUGGGGUGGUCAGGACUGUUUGGGAGACUCUAAAGAGUCCCGUGACUGCAACACACAAAGCUGUCCGGAGGAUGGGUACUUCAACGAUUGGGCUCAAUGGAGUCUCUGUGACGUCACAUGCGGCGGAGGGAUACGCUGGAGAAAUAGAACGUGUAAUGGUCCGUUCUAUGGCGGUGCCGACUGUGAUGGUGCGCGGAACGAAAGCGAGGCUUGUAACGAUCACUACUGCCCAGUUGAUGGCGUCUUCAACAAUUGGUCAGACUGGGGUACUUGCAGUGCCACAUGCGGAGGUGGUAAUAAACUGCGUCAGCGCACCUGCCAUGGUCCAUUCUUCGGCGGUAAAGAUUGCGUUGGUCCACGUGAAGACACAGCGUCGUGCAACCAACAUAACUGCCCUGUGGACGGGAUAUGGGCGGAGUGGGCAAAGUGGAGCACGUGCACGCUCACGUGCGGAGGGGGGCAGCAAUGGAGGACAAGGAACUGUAUCGGACCGUUUGAUGGUGGUAAAGAAUGUCCAGGCCCUCGCAACGUCACUCAAGCCUGCAACACAGAUAACUGCCCCAUUGACGGCGUCUACGGUGAAUGGUCCUCAUGGGGAGCAUGCAGUGACACGUGUGGCGGAGGCACACAAGAUAGGACUAGGUCGUGCACCGCCCCUAAAUAUGGUGGUGUCGACUGCUUAG